AUACUUCAGAAAUCCUCACGAGGAUCACGAUAUACGGUAUUGCUAUUUGAAGGAUCUACUUUUUCCAUUUUUAUUUUAUUUUGGAUGUCUGGUGUACAUUUGGAAAUCGAUACCCCUUUGCUAGCUAGCUUUUGUCUCAUAGUAUUUAGUUCUAUCUUCCUUCCUACUUCAGAUGCUCUCCUCUCUCUUUCCUCUGUGCCUUGGAUAGCACCAAGACGCUGGAAAUUUUCGCCUGGUGCCUUGCUUCUAUACCACAUGUUCAGAAGUGGAAGCCUAGAUCUUUUCCGACCCACUUACCGAACAGUCUGUAAUCAUCCUUCCCAAUCUAGUAUGUAUGCCAAUAAGCCAGAGCCAUCCCCAACUUGCAUACUUCAAUAUCAUACUCAAUCACUUCCUAUAACCCCCUGUCUGUCCCUACCUCUUCCAAGGAUCCUACAGUGACCCUACCAUCCAUGCCAACCCCUAGAUUAACACUCCAAACCCAAACUCUCAUGGGGAAAGCCAAGGCGUAGGAAUUGUAGAUCCAGUAGUCGAAUAUACCGAGUAGCCAGAGUAGGAUUAUUGGGAGGGUUAGAGGGUUACUGGCGAGUUUUU